UUAUAAAAGGGGACCUAUCCACGAUUACACUUGAUCAUAUUUCAAAAACCUUCCUCCAUCACCCCUCCCCCACUGCGAAAACACUCAAUAUUUGCCUACCAUCCAAAUUUUGCUUUAUAAAUAUAUUUAUCCCUUAAAUAUAAUCUCUCAAACAAACUUCCUCUUGUGCAUAAAAUCGGAGAAGAUGUACAAGAAAUCAUUCCACCGGAUGAAUGACUCAGGCGAGCUCAACGUGUUCGAGGCUGCACGAUAUUUCUCUGGUGGCACCAAUGAAGUUCCAAGUGCAACUUUUGCACAUAAGAUCAUCGGAGAAGACAGGCAGUCUGCAGUGAAAACUGCUCGAAGAAUGAGCCUAGACGUGCCCCCGACGAUGAUGUUGAGACAUUCACUUCCUUCGCAAAUGGAAAAGAAAAUGAAAGAGAAAAAGCAUAAAAAGCCAAGUUCUCCCGGUGGCAAACUUGCCCAUUUCUUGAAUUCUCUUUUCAAUCAAACAUCUUCCAAGAAGAAAUCUAAAUCUUCUACACAGUCUGUUAAGGAAAGUGAGGAAGAAAGCCCUGGUUGCAGAAGGAAAAGAAGAAGCAGCAUUAGUUUUUUUCACACAAUUACAAAUACUGCUGAUUCUAAGUCCAUUUAUUCAUCUUCAAGUUCUGGUUUUCGAACACCUCCACCUGCACCUUAUACGCGUAAUCCCACAAAAAGACACACAGAUUACGCUUUUUCCGAUGACAAAAUCAGAUUCAGCAAUGGAAUAUUUGAGAAGAACAAGAAUUCUAAUCUUGGAUAUUCAAAUAGGAGUAGGAAAAACUGGUCUGAACGUCAGUUUCCAUCAGAAGAGAAAGAAUUUAGAAAGAUCAAUGAUUUUGACGAUGGUGCGGAUAGUGAUUCAAGCUCUGAUCUGUUUGAUUUACCAAAUCAUGAUUUAUAUUACUACUCAAGUGGGCUACCUGUUUAUGAAACAACCCAUAUGAACAGCAUCAAGAGAGGUCCGCCAAUUUCCGGUGGCGCAAUAUAAUUUAUUAAUCCUAUUAAUAGUGUAACAUUUGCUUUAAUCGUACUAAUGCUUGGAAUUGAGAGAAAAUUUUUUGAUUUUUGUAAAGAUCAGUUUAUAGAUUCUGUUUUUUUCUUCUUUUAAAAUUUCAUGUAACCUUUUUCCUGUAUGUACAGUUUAGAUUGUUUGUCUGCCUCAACUUUUUCUGUCCUUGCUCUUGAAGAUU